CUAGAGAGGUGCAGUCAGUAUGAAGAGCAGCAGAGCAGCUCCCAGACCAGUGAUGCUGCCAGCAUGGGAAAUGUGUGCCUACCUGUUCCUUACCAUUGGCUCUCACUUCUAUUCUUUCUAUGAAGUGUACCAGGUUUCUCAAAAAUACAAAGAUGAAAUUGACAGAAGCUUUGGACUGGAACAAGGGACUCUGUUCUGGGGACUUAAGAAGGAUGCCUUGGAUUUUGAGUGGAGCUAUUGGAUUGAAUGGGGAAGAGAAUACAUACUGUGGCUUCUGGCUGGUCAUCUGCUGGUAUCACAAAUGUGCAGGCUAUUCAUGGACAAGUAUAAACCAUGGUGCUUGAUGAUGUAUGGAAUGGCUGCCUGCUGGUUUUUAUUAGGAAUGAAGGGCUUUGCGGUCAUUUUGUUACACGCAGCUAUUUCGUUUGCUGUGGCUCAGUUUCAGAUACCGCUCCUGACGUGGCUGUGCUCACUUAUCCUGUUAUCUACUUUACGCAUACCAGCAGUGGAAGAAGUCAAGAGAAGGUGGUAUGACACUGAAAAUGAGUAUUAUCUGCUUCUCUUCACGGUGUCUGUUCGUUGCCUCUUCAACACAAGUUUCAGCCUGGAAUACUGCUGGCAUGGACAUGCCCAGAAAUCAUCUCAUUCGUUCCUGUGGAUGCUGGCAUAUGUGUUUUACUAUCCCAUGUUCCACAACGGACCCCUUAUGAACUUUGAUGAAUUUAGUAAGCAGAUGAGAAAACAAGAAGCCUUCAGUUUGAAGACCAAUCUUGGCAUCUUAACCAUGGGCAUAAUUCGUAUUUUCUUUUGGUGGUGCUUGGCUGAGCUCAUGAUUCACUUCAUGUAUAUCCAUGCUAUCUGCAGCACUUCUUCGCCUUUGGAAGCUAUGUCAUACUGGGCCUUAGGUGGUGUUGCUUUAGCUCAAGUAUUAUUUUUCUACGUGAAGUACCUCGUUCUGUACGGUAUUGCUGCCCUUCUUCUCCGGAUGGAUGGACUCAGACCUCCAGCUCUUCCUCGCUGCGUGAGCCUGAUGCACAGUUUUACUAAAAUGUGGAGAAGUUUUGAUGUUGGGCUCCAUCGCUUCCUGGUCAGAUACAUUUAUGUUCCUAUGGGAGGAUCUCAGUCCAGUCUGCCAGGAAUGCUCUUUUCCACUGCCCUCACUUUUGCCUUUGUAAGCUAUUGGCAUGGAGGACAGAGCUAUCUGUGGUACUGGGGAGUACUUAAUUGGCUUGGAGUAAUUGUGGAAAAUGGUGUCAAGAGGAUGCUUUCUGUUCCACUUAUUCAGGACUUAAUUGAACGUUUCUUCUCGCCAAGAGUUCAUCGCCGACUUCAUGCUGUCCUAGCAUCUGUUUGCACUUCAAUGUUGAUUUUAUCAAAUCUAAUAUUUCUUGGAGGAAAUCAUGUUGGAAAAAUCUACUGGAACAGGAUCUUUAUGGAAGGAAGUCAUAACGCUUUUCGGUCAGAAGCAGCUGCUGUCCCUUCCUCCCAGUCCUGUUUAACAAUGACUUCAGAUUGCCCAGAGCCGAGUGACCAGGUCAGUCUGUCCGUGCUGGCAGCAUGUCUGGCUGCAGCCUGCUCAGGAUCACAGCAGCAGCUAGAGCUGUGCCUGCUCGAGGGCAGUGUGUUCAUGGAGAACUCGGGUUCUUAA